AAUUUUCCGUUGAACAGCAACACACCACCUGUUUUUCCUUGUAUACGAAGGCGAUAAUAAUAUUGCCGGAGUGCAACAGUGCAACGGCUGCAAGAGGUGUGUGGUGUGUGGUGUGUGCCCGCCGGGCUGCAUGUUCUGCUGCUGCUUCUGGUGGUAGCUGUUGAUGUAGAUGCGUGGUAGGGAAAACAGCAUUGCGAAAAUUCAGCUAUACUGGCCACCGAAUGGAUAAUGGGUAUUUGUUUAGACACAGAUGCCAGCGCGGCACAAGAUACCGGCGAACCAGGCAACGAUUGGAAUCAUACACGGAAUCGGAAUGGCCAAAAUUCUGGCGAUAUGGAAGCCGCUGCAGUAGCGGCAGCGGCAGCAGCAGCGUCGGGUACUACCAAUGCCGUCGCUAUCGAUAUGCAAAAUGCUGGAAAAAUCAAAUUCGAUCCGCCCAAAGUGCCAGUGAUAUUUGUUUUAGGCGGCCCCGGUAGUGGCAAGGUAACCCAUUGCGAUACCUUCAUGCAGGAGAGACGCGGUGUAACGCACAUCAAUAUGAUGGAUCUGCUGCAGCAAUAUGCAAUGGGAAAUGACAUGCAGGACUUUUCGCAACUAUCAUCUAAAACGGUCACCGAAGUGCUGAUGUUGGAAAUGAAAAUGGCUCCAGCUGCCAAAGCAUACCUAAUAUCUGGAUAUCCACGCUCCAUGCGCGACGUUGUUGAGUACUCGGAGAAGAUACAAGUCGUCAAUGGCGUGAUCUUAAUAUCGUGGCGCCAAUCGGUUCUACAGAAGCAAAUCGAUUAUGGCGCCAAAUUGGGUCAUGUUGUACUCUCCCUAGCCAAAAUGGAAUUGGAAAAUUUCUUCAAAAAUGUGAUGCCAGUCGCUGAUUAUUUUGAUCAGAGCGAUAUGCUAUUGGCCGUUAAUGGCGAGCGUGCUCCCACAGAGGUGUAUAAAGAUUUUCGCACCGCUGUCUUAGAUAUACUUAGCACGCUCGAGAAUCAAGAGGCCAUGAUGAAUGGAGUUACAGGUAUGGGCAGAGGGAUACAUGAUAUACCCGGCAGUAUAGUUAGCGUAGACACCGCACCUAGUCAAGUCCAAGCGACUCACAUUGCAGACGACAACGCCACCAGCACCACCACCAACAACGUUGCCGCCCCAGCCACCGAUACCGAUACCAAUACCAAUACCGAGACCACCCUGCCUCUGGCCAUCGAUCAGAGCAAUGUGGGAUACCCCACCAACAGUGCUGACGAUGACAGCGGUGUGGUUGUCACACAGCAGCCAAAGCGCCAAACGGAUUCCGCCGAUCUGCCAGUUUUGCCACCCAUUAUAUGGGUGAUUGGUGGACCGGGCAGCAACAAGGCCACCCUCUGCCUCAAGGCGGUGGGCCUGAAUCCCGGCUGGGCGCACAUUAGUGUGGGUCGCCUCUUGCGCAAUAUCACAGACUCUGCGCCACGUGCCAAUACCGAGAGCUAUGCGGUCAAAGAGGCCCUGGCUGCUGGCGAUAUGGCGCCCGAGAAGUCAUUGAAUCAGCUACUGGAGUCGAAUCUCCGCCAGCUGCUCGACAGAACGGGCAUCAUCAUCGAUGGCUAUCCGAGAAAUCUACAGCAAGUCAAAUACUUUGAGAAUAAGUACCAGCAACGACCGCCCAUUAUCCUGCUGGACUGUUCGAAACUUCAGCUGGGACGCGGACGCAUCGACGAUACAGUGUCCUCGUUUCGCCGACGACUGGAACUGUUUCGGGAGCAGACGCUGCCCAUGCUCAAGACCAUGGAUAACAGCAAUCGCUUGCAGAUUGUCGAUGGCGACACGGACAGUCCGUCGGUGCAGCGGGAAUUCGAGCGCCUCAUACGGAAUCAUAUCCAGCAGUUGCUGAACCGAAGCGACGACACCGAUGCCACGGCACCACUGGGCCAUCCGAUGAUGCGCAACGAGCAGACGGACGCCAUACUGCACGAUCUGGAGACGAAUGUGCCGGGGGCAGUGCCCACGAUCAGUCACCAUGUGAGCAUGAUGAAUGGACACCUCAAGAAUCGGGGCAGUGCGCUCGGCAGUGGCAAGCAUCCCACGCAAAUGAUGAAUGGCCAUGUGCCCGGCAGACCACCCACUGGGCCUGUGCCGCAACCGGGGCCCGUGGACUUUAGGCACAUGCUUGAGGAGGCCGAACGAUAUCCGGUGGAUUCGUAUAUGUAGAUCAAUAGAAUUUAAAGCAAGGUUUUAUAUAGUUUUCUAAUCGAUUUAGGCUAAGGAUCGUUGAGUUUUACAAGGGUACAAAGGGACCAUUAGGUUUGCAGAACUAGCAUCAGAGACGGACAGAGUCAGAGCCAGAAUUUAAUUCAACAUUUGAUUUCACUAGAUACGUAAUACGUAUACCUAAGUACUCGUACAUAUAGACGCAUAUCGAAUAAACAAACACAAGAGUCCGAUGCAAUUGAAAUUCAAAUAAAAGCGUCCAGAGUCCCCGGGGUUGCUCCAGGAUCUAAUUAGCAGUUAU